CCGAGACGCACCAACACACUCACGUACGGUGCUGAUCCCCGGACUGACUCCCUCCAGCCCGCCGUGCUCCCCUGCCGGCUCCUCGUCACUCUCCGCCGGCUGCAGGUGGGGGUCUGCCUUUUCCACCAUCACGACCACGAUCCCGGAGGAUUCGUCACACACAGCGGGACCAGACAGCCCACUUCCCGGGUUUCCUGUGAGAGGUCCUUCUUUUCAGCUGCCCCAAAAAACAGAAGAUUAGAGGAGGGGACACUGGAGGGACAGCGGUAAGACUGAGGGACCAAUGGAGCAGAUAGGGGAGGAUCUGAACCUUGCUUUCCUGCUGGAACAUGAAAGAGAUAUGAUCCUGAAGGUGCUGCAGAAAGAUGAGAAACUAAGGAAACGUGAGGAGAAGAGGAUACGGAAACUGAAGAAUGAGCUGCUGGAGAUCAAACGAAAAGGCUCCCGUCGGCCUCAGGAGCUGGGGGAGCGACAGUGUGCUCGCUGCCUCAAGAAUUUGGGCCUGAUAUUUGACCGAGGAGAUCUCUGCGAGGAGUGUCAGCUGCGCGUCUGCGGCGAGUGCCGUGUUAAAGCACCCCAAUCUCGGCACUGGAAAUGCAACGUCUGUGCCAAGAUCUCGGAGCUGAAGGUGGUAACAGGAGAGUGGUUCCUGGAGGAGCGGUCAAAGCGCUUUGAGCAAGAAGGCCUGUGCACUGAUGUGGUCAAACACAGAAUUAUGAAUAGCCCACUCAUCGUCAAAAAGUCAACAGAAAACCUGUCAGCUGCUUCUGAGUCAGAGAGAGCCGACUCUCCAAAAUCACAUAAGAGUGGAUUACUCAGGAAAGGGAGGAUGAAGAUGGAUAAAAAGGGCAGCCGAUCUCCCUUAAAGCCAGAGAAUGGCGUCGACAGUCCAAGUUCUAAAUCUCCGUCAGAUGGAGAUGCUCAAAGCCUACUAAGUGUUCGCUCGGCUGCGACUCUACAUUCAAACAGGGGUGGUGCUGUGGCCUUGGAGUCCUCAGGAUUACCCACGAUCCCCAACAACCUUCGUUCUCAAACUGCAGAUAAAUCCCAAACUUCCAACAACAACCGGAGGGUCAGGCCUGAUGGAGCAGAGAGCGUAGCCAGUUUACACUCCAGUGACAGCACACCUGAGAAAAAAACUCCCACACAUUACAGGAGGAGCUCAGGAGCCCCAACCAUCUCUGUGUCCAAGGCCUCUGUGUCAUCAGAUCUCAGUCGCUCAGAGAUGGACCUGUCAGUUCCUGGUUCUGAACUAAGUGAUGACGCCUUUAGUCACAGAAGGCAUUCAAUUCCUACUGAGACAGACUUUACUGAUGAUGAUACGGAGGAAGACAUUGAUGCUCUGAUGUCAGCCCACGGAAAGGAUGCCAAGCAACGCCCUAGCAUUGCCAUGUCACUGGACAGGAGAAUGGAAAUGAGUAGCAUAAACAGCAUGUUGAGCAUGUACAGUGAAUCCGGUGACUAUGGCAACGCCAGGGUGAGCGGCGAGAUCCUGCUGAACAUCAGCUACAGCUACAAAACCGGUGCCCUCAACGUCCUGGUGAGGGAGUGUCACAACCUGGCAACAGGAGACGAGAAGAAGCAACGCACAGACGCGUAUGUGAAGACUUACCUGCUCCCAGAUGUAUCCCGUCAGAGCAAGAGGAAGACCAGCGUCAAAGCCAACUCCAUUAAUCCGGUCUUCAAUGAGAAUCUGAGGUACGUGAUCAGCCACUCACAGCUGGAGACCAGAACCCUGCAGAUUUCUGUGUGGCACAAUGACCGCUUCGGACAGAACAGCUUCUUGGGAGAGGUGGAGCUGACCUUUGACUCCUGGGAGUUUGAUACCCAGAUAGAGGAGUGGUACGCUCUGCAGCCUAAGGUUAGCAGCAUGGACUCCACAAUGCCGUACAAAGGAGAACUGACAGUUGUGUUGAAGUACAUACCUGGAGCAAAGAACGUCAUGCCUCUGGAAGAUGUACCAGUGAAGAAAGGGUUCCUGAAAAGCAAGAAGGCGGCCAAUUUCACUCUGCCUGAAGGGGGCAUGGUAGAGCUGCUAGUGAAAGGAGCAAAAAAUCUCACUGCUGUCAAGUCUGGAGGAACUUCAGAUCCUUUCGUGAAAGGAUACCUUCUCCCUGACAACAACAAGUCAACUAAGCACAAGACAGCGGUGGAGCGUCGCACUGUGAACCCACAGUGGAACCACACCUUCACCUACUGUGGCCUGCAGCCAGACGACCUCAACAACAUCUGCCUGGAGCUCACCGUGUGGGACAAAGAAGCUCUGGCCAGCAAUAUCUUCUUAGGAGGAUUGAGGCUGGGAUCUGGAUCAGGCAAAAGCUACGGGAACGAGGUAGACUGGAUGGACUCAUUCGGGGAGGAACAGCGGCUGUGGCAACGCAUGGUUGAAAACCCAGAAGUCCCUCAGGAGUGUACUCUGAUGCUGCGAUCAAGCAUGGGCAGGUGCAACACAUGAGCUGGGUUUCGAAGCUCAGAGGAGAGAGAGUGAGAAAAGAGAAAUACAGAGGGGGAGAAGAAAGAGAAGAAUUUAUGUGAAGGCAUGAGGAGAGAGAUGGGGAAAGUGGGACGGUCAAGAAAAAGAAAAAACAAACACUGACUCAAACGCUCGUACAGGAACAAAGACCGUCCUCUUAUCCCUCUCCCUUGUUUGAUCCCUACUCCCUACUUUAGUGUAGAACAGCCAGUCAUGCCUUACACUCUCAUCCACAUGUGCCCGCCCCCCCCUCCAACGUGUCUCAUUUUGACCAAGCACUGCUGUUCUCUGCUGUAUUUGAAGAUGAUGUUGCGUAUUACUCAACGAAUAAGCACAGUGUGAGUCCUGAUGUGUCCAUCCGUGUCUCUGUGAUUCAUGAGACAGAGUCGUACAAACAUGUGGAGAGCGGUUUGUAAGACAUCAGAAGAGGCUCUGAUCAAAAGCUUAAAGUCUUAGAUAUUCCCUUUACACCAAACAGGCUGCUUCCUGGUUUAAAGCACAUGACAAUGCUGAGAUUCCUCCCUUAUCAAACAGUGUGUGUAGAGCUGGAGAGCGAGUAUAGUUCUUGAGCUCAGAACGAACAGGAUGAUCAAGCGUUAGAUACUACGUAAGUGAAAAUGUAAUCAUAGCACUUUGAAGACUUUUAUGAUUCAUGUGGAAGGACCUCUCUAUUUUAUCUCGUUCUUUAGUGGUGGCCAGUAAAAGUCCAACCUCAUAAACCUUCGACUAAAGAAUACAUUUUAUGGCUUCCAGUUUAACCAGAGGUUAGAUAAAGAACAUCCAAAUAAGACUUCCUUUCCUGUGUGCUGCUUUGUUUACUGUCUAACGACCUGCUUGAGAUGUGAGAGUGGAGCUGGAGUCGAAAGGCCACGUCCAUGCGUGGAUUUUUAGCUGCACUUGCAUGUUGAUGUUUGUUUGUUACGUUUGAUAAAAAGCUACAUUGUCAUUGAAAGACAGUCAAAGGUUCUGGCAUCGCAACCUGGGCCGAUGCCUUCUUUUCUUUUGCUCUCCACACAAAAAUAUUUUCCUGUUUAACAAUCAAAACCCACUGAAACACUACUGGACAAUUAAACUCUACAAGUUAUACAAGACCACACCUCAACCACGCCUCUUCCAGCACUCUUAGGCUACGUUCACACCGCAAGGCUUAAUGCUCAAUUCAGAUUGUUUUGCUCAGAUCCGAUUUUUUGUUUGUCUGUUCACAUUACCGCCGCGCAGAAUUGUGACGUAUGUCGCUAUAAAGUUUGUUGUGAUGAAACCAGAGCGGAGAAGAUUAGCCUGAUAAUAACCAAAAUGGUAACUGGAGGUAUGCUCCCAUUAAGUUAUGUGGAAGGAGAAGGCUUCGAAGAGCUGAUUGCGUUAGUCGAGCCCGAGUACAAGCUACCAUCACAGAGAACAACUACGAGAGUGGAAAAGAUGUAUGAAGAAAAGGCAGCUGAACUUACUACAACUCUGGUCUGGUAGGUCUGUGUCCGAGACUUUUAUUUAUUUAUUUUUGUUUACGGUUAAAAAAAAUUAAUAAUUGCGAGUACUCAAGUAAUCGUUCAUUAGGAAAUUUGAGUAAUCGAUUACAAGGAUUAAGGUAAAUUCCCAUCACACCCAAUGGUGUGGUCCUUGCUAGUGAAUUCAGGUAGAAAUGGAAACGCGACUCCUGAUGCCCCAAGUUGAGUCAUUUUCCCACAGAUGGUGCAUUUUUGUCAGAAUGAGUGAGAAGAGAGGAGUCAAGUUUCAUCACUCCCCCAAGUACUAAACAGUCGUCAUCCACAAGAUGUUUUUAAAGAUCAGUUUAUGAAGGAAAGUAUUAUCAAAGUACCUCUGUUUCUCUGCUUCACUGAUUACAGUCCCACUUCAGCUGAAGUAUAAAUAAUGAGUUUAAAAUACUCAAACACAAAGACAGCAACCAUCUGUGCAAGAAGCCCCAUCUUACAGCAACAGGAAGUGAGUUCAGUUACAGAUUUUUGGUAUUUAUUCAUAUACUAGAAUAUGUUUAUGAAGAUUUUAAAAGUUACUUUUUGCCAAUGUAUAGUUUAAUUUAAACUCACGUUGGCCAUACAUUUGCAAAUAAAAACACAUUACAUACCAUUCCCCUGGCAAGUGAAAUUCUCAUACAUCCUGCUUUUUAAUUAAUUAUUGAUCCAAGCUUUUUUAUGUUGUGGGGAAAAAAGAUAUGUCUAGGAUAGCGGAGCUUAAGGCUUUUAAUGAGCUUCUCAAUCUGGUGGAUAUGUCGGCUGGUAACUGGAUUGUACUAAGUUUCCAAUAAUCUUAAAGAAACCAGUUCAAGAAACAGAGCUAAUUAAGUGGAAGAAGACUAAAGUAGCCAUUAGCAUUGCUGCAGAUUCAUGUUGUUGCUUGAUCAAUGUAAAGAUAAAUUGUUUGAAGUUUUCUUUCUGUUAUUACAAAUCAUAAAAAUCAACUCUCUGUACUUCACAGAAAGUUUUAGAUCUUGAAAAAAUGUGCUUGCAGUAAAAAGAAAAUCUUGACAAUACACAUUUAGAGUAGCUUAAAUGUAAAUUACAUAGCACUGUAUCAGUGUGAUGAUAGAAGCUGCAUGGUUUAGAUGAAUGUUAGAAGAACAAAAGGUUAUAUAAAGCACUGAUAUUGACAUCACUUUUAAUUCAGACGAGGAGGUGUGACUUAAAGUGUGUUCCCAGGAACCUUGAGACAGCUGUGUGUUACAGAGUGAGUCAGCACUGAGCUUUUCUUCUCAGGGGGAGCCUAAUAAUGAGUCAGUGACAGAAACCUUGUCCCUGUCGCUCCAAGCUCUGAGAUCCGCCACCCUGCAAUGAAUCACGCUAUUCACAAAAAGCAAACUGGAGUUAAAAUCCUGUACAAUCAUUUUUCAUAUGGUAUGCCAAUUUUGUCUGCUUGUCCUUGUUCCCCAAUCCCCCCCGUCCCCCCCUAGUCUGAAACAACAGGAGCAACACAGCUUCUCAUUGCACAACUGUAGUAAUAACUCAUGGUGUUAACUGUACUUCAUACUUUAGACAAGAGGCUUGUGCAAUACCUGAAGAAACUCUUGAUGUACAGCAUGUACUAUCUUUCUAGUGUCUGGUUUCCAAGCAUCAAACUCAUGUAUUCAAGCCUCUUUUGUCCCAAAUGUGUUACAGAAAUAUUUUCAAAUAAACACAUCUUUCCAUAGA